AUGAGCGAUCCCGAACCUUACGACGUCAAUUUCUGCUUUCCUGUCCCAUCCGUCCUCGAGAACGAGCGCGUCAAACUGGUCCCUUUCAUUCCAUCCAUCCAUACCUCCGCCUUCUUCCCCUCUUUCCAACAAUACCCUCAGCUAACCAAGUACUUUAUCCACGGACCCCUCCUCACCCUCGCCGUCUUCGAGGAAUGGGUCGAAUCCGAAAGGAGAGACCCGACGAAGCUCUUGUUCGCAGUCUUCGACAAGACUCGGAGGUCUCCCAUGCCUCAUGAAGUGCAGGGCCAAAGGUUACUCGGAGACGACUCCACUGCUAGUAGAGGGUCGGACGGAGCACCCGCAGGAACCAUAGGCCUCCUCUCCGCCUCCCCCCAAAACCUCAGCGUCGAAAUUGGACGAGUCAAAAUCUUCCCUCCCUACCAACGCACACACGUCGCUUCGAACGCCGUAGGCCUCCUCCUCCAAUACACUCUCAAUACCCCCAUUCCACCCACUGGUAUGAACGGGGAGGCCCACUCUUGUGGGAUCAGUGGCUUAGGCCUCCGCCGCGUAACGUGGGUCUCGCAUCCGCUGAACGAGCCGAGUAUCCGCCUUGCGCGACGCUUGGGCUUCAAACUGGAAGCAACGCUCAGGUGGGAUCGGGCACUUCCGCCUGGGAAGGAGGAUGCUUCGAAUGGCCAUGGUAUCCGUUGUGGAGACCCGAAACGUGAUUGGACGGGCUGGGAUACGGUUCUGCUCUCGAUCUGUUGGGACGAUUGGGAGUUGGAUGGAGGGAGGGAGAGGGUAGAGGAGGACAUGCGCCGUGUGAGAUAG